AUGAAAUACCGAUUACAACGCCGAAUCUCGACUUGGCGCGAAAUUCAAAGCAUCACUCGCCAACCUGGUAUAUCCAUCGGCAUUAUUUAUAACGGAGAUGAGAUCCUCAAACACAACAUGGGGGUCAUGGAUAUCGCCACCAAAAGGGAACCAGAUAGUGAUACUUUGUACUGCAUCGCCUCUUUAUCAAAAGCAUUCAUGGCCGAGUCGAUAGAGCUUCUCAUCAGCGACGGCCACAUUACGUGGGAUACUACUAUCCAAUCCGUGAUCCCCGAGUUCAAGCAUCACGAAGAUGCUCAACAGUUCUCGAAAAUGACGUUGCGCGACAUCUGUUCCCACCGUACCGGCCUGAUUGGCUUAGACGAAAUUACCCAAGGAAUGAAUGGGAGAAUCCUCAUCCCUAAAAAGGAUGUGGUCAAAGUCUGCAGCGCAAUGCCUAUCAAGCAUGCGUUCCGGACCAAGUUUCAUUACAACAAUGGCAUGUACGAAAUUGCGGGUUGCGUCGUCGAACGCCUUUCACGCUCUCCUACUUGGGGCCAUUUUCAGAACGAUCGAAUAUUCACUCCACUGCAAAUGACAAGAACCACGGCGUUUAGAUCCGUCCACGAAACCGACAAGAACAUAGCGAAAUCCUAUAUGAUACUAGAAAAUGGCGAGCCACAAUAUAUUCCACCGACAGAGUUGUCCGCCGACUCUAUGAAUGGUGGCUCGGGUGGCAUAAGGAGCUCUGUGAAUGAUCUUUUGAAGUGGUGCUCGUAUCAAUUGAAUAAACCGAUCGAGAAGCUUGGGGGAGCAAACAUGGAUGGAGCACACACCUCGGUCUUUAACAGAGCCAUUAUUGCGGAUUCUCAAUCUCCUCCGGACGGUGACUACUGCACAGGCUGGUGCUAUCAUCAAACACCAGCCAAGCUUGGACUAAUAUCGCCAAAUAGGACCCUGGAGUCUCCGCUGGUGGGCUUGAAAUCUUCCUCUCUUGUCAUUUACAGUCAUCAAGGCGAUGUCCCAGGAUAUACCUGCAACCUCUACAUCAUUCCCGACGCCCAGGCAGCCGUUGUAGUCCUGUCUAAUGGGACUGGGCUAGGGGAUGCUACCGAUUGGAUUGCGCAGGACAUUGUUCAAACCAUGUUUAAACUUAAGCCAAAGGUAGACAUGAUACAAGCUGCUCGGAAGGCUACAACAAAGUAUUGCGAUCACUACCAUAAGAAUUUCGAACAGCCGCUGAAAAGACACAAGCAGAUAGACCUAAAGCCUGUGCCCCUGGACGAGUUCGUUGGUACUUAUGUAAUGAAGAACUUGGACAUUGUCACACUCCAGAUGACGACUACGACUGGAGGGUCAGAGAGCCUGCAAAUGAUGGUCAAUGACCAGGCCGACCAGGUUUGGAAGAUGGAGUAUUAUGCAGAUGAUACAUUUUGCCACUUGCCAGAUACCUACAAUGAAUGUCUUGCAAAGGGAAUUAAUAGAACGAAGUGGAACACAUUUCUCAUUACUUUUAAUCGAGAUGAGAAAGGAAAGGUAAAUAAAUGCUUGUGGAAAUUAGAUGGGAUAAAUGUGAUUUUCAAUCGAGUUUGA